CGAGUGCGGUUUUGAACUGCUUUCCAUUAAGGCCUGAUACACUUAUGCAUUCGUUGAUUUUGGGAUGCCAAUUGAAUUUGGUAAAACACGCUGAGCCCAUGCGGCACUUCGGUGCAAAAGAAAAAAGAUGGAAUCAGUUAUACCCGCGCUAGUUCUAUUAUUUUUCCAUUUCUUAAUUGAUAAAAUUCCAGCAAAAAAAAAAAAUAAAAAAAAUAAAAAAAUGGUACCCUCCACAUUUUGAUUUAAGUGAAAAAACACUCCACUCAUUUACGUCAAAAUUACCUCGACCCUUGUUAAUUUGGCGGAUUUGAUUCAUCGCGUUCUGACAAUUCUCACAUUCUACUUCACUUGUGGCUCUGAACUACUUGAGCAAAUUUUCUUUUCAGUUCUCUUGGGGACAUUUAAUCAGUCCUGCUGUCCUGUUUGCUUUUGUCUUCUUAUUUGUUUGAGUUUUUCGGUUGGGAGUUUUUGUUAUGUUUGUUUCUUUGUUUUGCUCCUUGGAGCUUUUCCUUCUUACCCAGUCUACUUCGCGGACGGGUGCACUGGUGCGCUACUUACUCACGUUCUCCUCUUGGCGGCCGCUAAGCCAUCUCUCUCUCUUGUGACGGUUUGCCCCUCUGUUGAUUUGUUCUCGAUGUUUCCGCCUUUGCCAACCAAAUAUCUAUCUUCUUUUCUCUCUUUCUUAAACACUUCUGCACUCUCUCUGGCUGUCUCUUUCUCUCUCUCUCUCUCUCUCUCUCUCUCUCUCUCUCUCUCUUUCUCUCUAGUCUCUCAGACUUCUGAGGUUCCUCCACUCACAUCAUCAAAAUGACAAAAUACUAUUAUUACUCAGCUUCUUAAAGUUAAUAUUUUAACGAUUGCCGUAGUGAUAAGAAUUCAAAACAUUUAUUGCUUUUUCAAGCACCCAAUAAUUACGAAAACCACAAAAUAAUGGUUUCCUAAAAUAGCAGGAACUAAAACGGUAAUUAGCAUAUGAUAUCAUGAAGGAGACUACAGUUCUUGUUCUUCGCUUGGCCAUCGUCCUUUGUUGCUGUGUGCAUGGCAGCUGAUAUGCCAUGAUUCCUAGAGUUUCUCCCUCAAACCUAGAAAAUGAAUGGCUCUAUUGAUUUUACUACCGCAAACAAGACUACCGAAAUUCGUCAAGUCUCAACUUUUGGUCUUACUACGUUCCUUAUCACAGCGAUUUUUCUUCUACCGGCUGGUAUCGUUGGGAACGUAAUGGUCAUUUUAGUGGUGAGAAAGAAACGAUAUCUUCGAACCAAAACGAACUUUUUACUUGCAAACUUGGCGACGUGUGACUUGGUGUCAAAUGUUCUUGGAUACACAUGGGGAAUAGCGAGAGCUUUUCCCAUUCCAAAGAUUACACUUGGUGUCAUAAUUUGCAAGAUUAACUCAUUCUAUCCUGCUGCAUCUGGGUGUUCUGUACUAAUACUGACUAUCAUCGCUCUGGAACGCUAUGGCGCCAUUGUGAAACCUCUCAACAGUCGACGCAAGUUGAAAAAGCGGACCCUUCGCUAUUUCAUCAUAGCCAUUUGGAUCUUUACCAUAGCCGCAGUGAUUCCUUUGGUUUACUUUUCUGACUACAAUGUUAGCUCGACUUACGAAUGUGAAAGAACUUGGAGUAUAACUGCCAAAACUACAUUCUGGACAACUGCGUUUACGAUUUUCAUUGUUGUGCCUCUUCUAGUUAUGUUAUUCUGCUAUGCUCAUAUUAUACGUGCGCUGUAUUUCGGAGCUAGGAUUGUGCCGAUGAAUAUCCCAGCUGAAGUCGAUGCCAGGGAGAAGAAAAGGGUGAUAAAAAUGUCCAUUAUAGUGACUGUUGUGUUCAUUGUAGCCUUCACACCGUUUGUAGUUGUGAAAGAACUUGAGAUGCGAAUUCCUUUAUCGAACGGAGUCAAAGUGUUAUCUCUCUUAUCUGUACUGCUCUCUUCUAUCUUAAAUCCAUUCAUUUAUGCUUUCCAAAGCUCUAACUACCGCCAUGCCUUCAAAGAGAUCAUAUGUGUAUUACAAAGAUAGUUGUCUGAAAUGUUAUAGACUCAGUGAAAUGUUAUUUUGUCAGAAGUUUCAGAUUAUAUUUUGAUAUCUGUAUUAGCACUACGAUGAAAAGUGAAUGAAAUUAUAGAUUUAUAAAAAAGAUAAUUAAGAGCCAUUUACUCGAGUAUAAAUGCCAGCUCUUCAAAGCGCAAAACAAAAAAUUAGAAAAAAAAAAAAACUGGGGAACAAAUUGAUUUAAAUUAUUUCAGUUCAUUUAGGAUAUAGUAAAGCCAAUAUUCUUAAGUCGUGACUCGGCAACAAGCAAAAUGUCGCCCACUUCCUACUCGCGUAAUAUUUUUAAUUGCAAAGAAAGAAUAUAUUUUAUAUGAUGAGAUAUUGGUACCAUACGAAAACGUCAAUAAUAUCUACCGAGCAGUUAUUUAUUUCCAAAGUCAAGAAAAGUAAUAAGGUAAAUCGAUAAAUCGUCUGUCUUACGAAACAGGGUCAUUUCCGAUUGCGACGGCUGUCAUCCUGUUCCUUUUUCGUCGGACGAUCCACGUUUAAGAGUGAGUCUAUAUCGUGAGACAAACGUAGAUGUUUUUAUUUAUUAUUAUGACACAAUGAGUGACUAGAAUGAUCACCACUCCCAAGUACACGAUUUUUUUGAAUACUUCAAGUUUUGGUGCUGACGAGUAGAAUGUUGGGCUCAUUUUGACACAGAGAUGAAUGAACUGUUAUGAAUCAGGUAGAUUUUGAUGACUGCAGAAUGUAGCGCUAACUUCAAAGGUGGCUAAGUGUGGGGUAAUCACUUAAUCGAGAC